CCGGAACGGUCACACGAUUUUUCUGCUCCCCAACAUUGACAUUACACUAAGGAGUUCGAGCGGGUGGAGGAGCAUGUAAGAGUGAAGGAGAUAACACACAAAAAAAUCUCCAAAAGGAUACUCUAGGGAGUAUACAAGCGCACACAAACACACACACAUACACAUCGUAGUGCAUUCAUUGGUGAAAGUGCGACACAGGGAUAAUACUGUGACGGAGUUCCGUGGCGUUAAUAAAACGUCAGCCUGAUAAUAAUUGUAGGGUUGUGUGAAGUUCUAAAAGAAAUGGUGUUGGUGUAGUGAAGGAAGAUGGUUUAAAGUGAAGGGAGCGUUUAGUACUUCGUUUGGGGAUAAGAAACAAAACGAUAAUUUAACACGGUUAAAUCCAAACAGUGAACCGCACCAUGGAUCAGCAGCAUCCGCUACUGAUCGCUAGCGAAAACAUCCACGACAGUGGCAUCAUCGAGGACGUGCACCAGGAAUCGGAGGACACCGGAAACGAGGAUUACGGCGACGAAAGCAACCUCGAGUCGAACCUGCGCCGGCGGAAGGGAAAAAUUAUUUCCUGUGUUGAAAAUGCAUCGAGAUUAAUCCGCAGACGUGUGCCUUGUGCCGGCCAUUUGAUGACACCCCGACGGCUAUGGUUGAACAAAAUUCCUACCCAGUGUGAUGUGGUGAUUGAAUUUCCAGAAGACGCUCCGGAUGAUGCGCUGCGGUGGCUGCUAAACAGGAUCAAGGCUAACCCUCCGGAAGGGUUGGGACUGUCGGCGAUGGUACGGGCACACGAAAGCACCAAGCGUACCGCAUUCUACAUAACCGCCCCAAUGAAUGUAUUAUUUAAGGCAGCCGAAGAUGCCCGCCUGCCCAAGCGACUGCGGACGGACCUCGGCGGAGCGUUGAAGGAGUUCACCAAACGGGAAAGUCAUUGCUUCGCCCAAUCGAAGGACAGCGAGGGUGCCAACAGCCUUUUUACGUCCCAGGAACGGCAGUGGCUCGUGCUACAGGUUCUGCAGGGUCUGCGAGCUGGCACGUCAGAUCUGAAAGCACUGCACGGCCGGGCACAGGUCGAGGAGGGACAGAGCAUCGUGGCCGCCUGGCAAGAGCUGGGCCUUAUAACGCAGGUUUUCCCGCUCCACGAGACCACCGCUCUGCAGCAGCUCCAAUCUAGCUGGGUACGGAAGUUCUUCGCACCGCAACCUCUAGACGAUAUAGCCGCAUACUUUGGAGUUAAAGUGGCGCUUUACUUUGCCUGGCUGGGACACUACACCUGUGCCCUGUGCGUACCGGCCGUGCUGGGCACCAUUCUGUAUGCAGGGCUUUGGGGUCGAGGACAGACGGCUCAAGACAUUGGACACGUCAUUUUCUCGCUCUUCAACGUAGCCUGGGCGUCACUCUACCUGGAAGCCUGGAGGCGGUACUCGGUCGAGUUGGCCUUCCGCUGGGGCACGCUGUCAACGCCACCCGAGCUGCUGGAGCCUCCGCGCCCACUCUACAAGGGGCCACUCGAGGAAAGCUCCGUAACCGGACGGCUGGAGCCGAAGGAAGCUCCGGCCUGGCAGCGGCGAGCCUUCCGUUAUCUAGUUAGCUUUCCAAUUAUAGGGCUCUGCCUGGUGUUGGUGUUUAUUGUGAUGUUCCUGAUGUUGAGGCUGCAGGAUUGGCUCGAUCAACACUUACCCUAUAGCAGUGCUGGCCUGUGGGAGUGCAUGUGCAUAGUGUCUCAGGACUGGUGGGAUGCCAAGCUGCCGGAGCAGGGCGUUUUCAGCUGUUUGAGCGUAAUACCGAAGGUCUUGCUGGCCGGCGCCAUUACACUAAUGGACGAAGCAUACUACAAGCUCGCCGUCUGGCUGAACGAUAAAGAGAACUAUCGGCUGCAGUCAAAGUACGAGAAUCAUCUCAUCGCCAAGGUGGCCCUUUUCCAGUUUGUCAACAGCUUUCUUUCCCUCUUUUACAUCGCCUUUUACCUGCGCGAUCAGGACAAGCUGAAAGAGCAACUGGCUGGUUUGCUGAUAUCGCGACAGAUCAUCGGCAAUCUUCGCGAGUCCGCCUGGCCCUAUCUGGUCGAGCAAUGGCGCCUGGCGAAGCUGAGCUUCAAGAUGUGGGGUGCGCUCAGUCCCACGCAGGAGCUCCCACCGAACAUUGCGUCCUCCUCGUCCACCACCACCAUCACCAGUACCGCUAGCAGUGCUUUGUCCGCCCCGUCAUCCAUCAUGGGCGGUGCCGGCGAUGGGAAGCAGCCGGAUGAAGGCAAAAGUCCUUCCGAGUACUCGUCAUCCUCCACCACACCGAAGCGAUCGAUCGGGCAGGCUGAAAUUGAAAGCUCCCUGUACAAGUACGAUGGAACGUUUUCCGACCAUCUGGAAAUGUUGGUUCAAAUGGGGUACGUCGUGCUGUUUUCCGCCGCAUUCCCACUCGCUGGGCUGUGCGCGUUGGCCAACAAUCUGCUCGAGAUUCGGUCCGACGCUUUCAAGCUCGCCCAUGUCCACCAGCGGCCAUUUGGUCAACGGGUGGCGAAUAUCGGCACGUGGCAGAACGCGCUCGGAAUGCUCGGACUGGCAGCUGUCAUCGUAAACUGCGCGCUGAUUGGACUGUCCGGCCAAGUGUCCCGCCUAUGGCCCGGCCUAACAUCCACCCAAACGGUCAUUUUAAUCGUGGCGCUCGAGCAUGUGAUGCUUGGAUUACGAUCGGCGUUGACGUGGCUGCUGCCCGAGCUACCGUCCUGGCUGGCGGCCGAGAUCGCCCGGGCCGAACACUGUCGGCGCGAGAUGCAGUGCAAAGGACCGUCGCCGCGUCAAACGCCACCAUCGCCACCGUCCUCCACGUCCAUCUCGCACCACGAUCAGGACUUUAACAGCAAUCAGGACAUUUUCGACAAAACCGAGCAAUCCGUUGGCAGAUUCCACAUAUCUCCUAGUCACGACAAUAACCCGGAAAGCGAACUGGAGCGGGCCGCCGCCAAACUGGACAACCUCUCCAUUCAUCCGGUUCAAUCCCCAGUAGCGCAACAAAUGCGCCAAGAUAUGCAGCAACAGCAGCAUCAGCAGCAGCCACAACCACAACAGCACAAAAACUCUCAAAGCAGCUGCGAUAAUAUGGACAUCUUUGCCAUGGACACGCGUGACGUUUCGCCAGAUUCGCCGAUCUCCCAGACAAGCACAGUAUUAUUACGACCUCUUCAAGAUUCUCCUCUUAGUGGUCAAUCUGCACAAACCGUUGCAUUAGAAUCGUCACAAACGAAUUCAGGUGCAUGUCUAAAGCAGCCAAGCAUUAAGCUCGCCGACAUACCGCCCUACCGAGGACAAGCGAUGAAGCACAGCUGUAGUAUUUACGAUAAGCGAAGCAUCAACCUUGGUGAAAUUUCGCAGAGCCCUCGGGUUGCGUCGAAACCGAUCCAGAUUCCAGAAAUUCCACCGUUCCGCAAGCAGGCCCACUCCACGAUGCACUCGCCCGUCAACCAGAGCCCGCAGAAUCCCGCGCACAUGUCGUCCGCCAAUCCUUCGCCGCCGCGGAUCGCCGAAAUUCCACCGUUCCGGCCGCGCAACCGCUCCAAGGAAUGGAUGCCCAACAUCGAGGUGGGUCGACUGAAGCACACCGAGCACCAUCUCACGAUUGGCCCUAGCGGAGGAGCCGAAUGGGCAAAACGCUUGAAGGCAGCCGAUCCUUCCAUCAUUCACAGAAGUACCGACUGUAUUGUAGCGAAGCAGCAGGAACUUGCUACCGGUUCGGAUUCGGAGUUGCUCAAACCAGCACCGUCCUGGACAAACGUGGCAAUCAAGGCCGGUGAACAGCAGGCAGGCACAAGCAACAGUGCCCCCUCGGUAAAAGCGCCAACCGAAGAAGAGGCCAAAGCGGCUGAGCUUGCCGCCAAAAAGUCGCGUCUGAAACAGAGCCUAGUGAAACGGGCACGAUCCGUGGCCAUUUUCUCGCUCAAACUAAAGGAACAGCGAGCAAAACGAGCGGAAAAAAUGGCGCUUGAAGCACUGGAAGCUUUACCGGCCCCACCACCGGGCGGCGAACUGUCCCUGAUACCGAUCGAGCAGCUCAUCCAAGUGGACGAUGUACUAAGCCAACGAAACCAUGGUAGCGGGUCCGGUCACAACAAUGGCCAUUCGUAAGCUGGCAACCGCCGGCCUGCCCGCGUACUGUACAAAAAACUACAUACCUUGAAGAUAUCCAUGUUCCCGAUUCUUGGCCUUGCCACCCCCCCCAUAUGCUAAUACCGCGCAUGCAGCAGACUACUUUCUCUUUCCGAUAGUAUUAGGAAGGCGCUGCAGCUAGUGCAGCACAUCCUGUUAGUGUACGGCCCUUGUUCGGUCACGAUGUACAAUUAUCGGGUUUAGUUCGACGUCUAACAGUGUUAAGCACAAAUCUACACAUCAAUUCACCCUGUUUACCCUGAGCGAGCGGCGAUGAAGGACUGGGAAGGACACAACCGUGUGGCAAGCGCUUACCGAGCAAUAUUGUACCGAGCUUGUUGAAGCUGCUUUACGAAAAUCGCGACAGUUCGGUAGCUCAAUAAGUGUAACGCUUUUUUAUGUUAGAUGACAAUAUCGGCAACCGCACGUUUAGUUUUGGGGUGCUUUUAAUCGCUUCUGAUAAAGUACAACAACACAAUGCUGGAGAAAGAAACUUAGACUUGUGGCUUAGAGGUUUUUGUGUCCCACGGUAAGCAAGCUUAUCCGUUUGUUGCAUUACAAUCCGUAACCGUGUGCUGCCGUUCGGUUUGCUAGCAUAGUCUAUUUAUUGGAGUUGCAGUCGGCUACCUUUAUUUACAGGACAUUUUACGGGGUAUACGCUUAAAGUGGGAAAAAGGGGAAGGUUGUCUACGGAGCAGAAAGAAGCAUUCAAUCAAUUCAAUGUUGCGCAUUAAGUACAUUUACGCUUAAACGCGGCUAAAGCUUUAGUGCUAGCAUUAGGUUCAAUUAGACAGACCGUGGUGCGACAACUGUGUCAGCAAACAUUACUUACAAAAGUAGAGACGAGCGUUCGUCGUUGCGGGUCGUUUUUCAGUACAAAAGAGCAGAUACAGAGACAGAAACGAAGAAACAGCAAUCCGUCUUGUCAAUUACGAAACGAUGCAUACCCGUCCAUCGGGCGGGAUCGAUUUUACCAGGCGCAUUCAAUAAAAUGUGGGGCCGCUUUUACAAACGCCCACCCAGCAAUCCACCCACAGGCAAACAAACAAAUCAUACAAAACAGAAUAGAGAAACAUAGAGGAUAUACAUAUUGGUCGUAAAAUGCCAACUCACUUAACUAUUGACAGCGGAUAUCAAAAUUUCAAUUGCAUCGAAUCAAAUCAAAAAGAAAUGCCAUGUACUUUGGGAGAAGCCUACUUUUAAACCGUGAUUCAACGUGCUUGGCAGCCACCAUCCGCGGCACUUUACCGCCGCUCUAUAUCCACUCUUGGGCCACAACAGCCAAACGCUCUAGCUAGUAUUCCUCUCGUUCAACUAGCGCUUACUGCUACUACUACUCACUGCACACUAUCGUUCUCUAACUUUCAACCGGCUGCACAUGCAAGCAAACAAAUCAAAACUAACUAAAACACGCUACCGAAUCGGACAAAUUCUAAAGUUCUGCUAAACAAACUAAACUUAGCUGUAAAAUAAUAUCCGAGCGAAAUGCGGCGUUUGUACAGUUAAACCAUACCACACACACGGCUGUUUCUGUUGCGCUGUGUUGAGUAAACGCAUAAGAGAGUCUGAUCGAGCGGGAAUUUACUCCCGGAAUUUAAAGAAACCCCCCUUAAGCCUGGUAAAAGCACAAUGAGCACAUGGGUAUGGGUUGUUUUGGCAUGUAGCUUGCGCUGAAAAGGCAAAUCGAGUGGCGAGGAUCUCGGAUCGAAGUAUCAUUAGCAAUGGGUGCAACCGAAUCAGUCAACUACUAUUAGCUUUGAGUGGGUUUUGUUUUGAGCUUGUUAGUACGUAAAGUUUGCUUGUGAUGAAAGCGAGCGACUCGAAAGAUGGCGAUCAAGCUGUACAAAGCGGGGGAAAAAAACGAUCACUUGACAGCAGCAAUUUGACGAUUUUCUAGUUGGAUGCGCUAGGGAGGCUAUGGGCUGAACCGUGCUAGACACAACUGAAAUCAAUAAAAUAAUAACAAAACAGUGAUCUUACACCAUGUUAAUGUUUCAUGAAACAGUAA